AAAUAAGCAACAUAAAAAUAAAACACAAUAUAUUUCUGGAAAGUAAAUGUAAUAUUCAAAAAAACUUUAUUAGCAGCCGGUCAUCCUCCCUCCUCCUCAUUCACAGCUGAUGAUAGCCAGCCUCCUAGCUUACAGCGCUACGGAACUUAGCUAGCGGCUAGCGUUAUAGCAGCGACGUUCAAACAUGUUCGCUGUGUUCGCCCCGAAGAAACCUCUUUUUACGUUAGUAUGAAUAUCCCGAAGGCCCGCGGACUCUGUAAAUGUUCACCGACAGGUGUGUGCUGUUUGAGGACCGCGGGAACGUCGUCGCUGCUCGCGCGCUGUCUGACAGGAGCUAGAGGUGUGUUCCGCUCGGCUAGCAGGCUAGCUAAAACAGCCGAAUCGCCUUGUUAGCUUUCUCUUUUUUUCGGAAACUAUUUUGUUUUUCAUUGACUGCCUUUUUCUACAAGCGCUAAUCAAGUGGAAUCAUUGUAUGGGAGCCUCAGGUGAGAGCUUGACGUGAGACCUGCGGGCGAUUAUGUUUACCGUGUUCUCAUUGCAUCAAACAUUUUUAGCCCAAAAGCAAAUCUCGGCUUGACAACAGUAUGAUCUCCUCUGCUGACCCCACCCAGCACUCUGGGACAAGAACCCCCCAAACCGAGCGCUUCAAAUGAUAUGAUAGUAGCAGCCUGGAUCACUUUCUGUGCCUGCAGGAGCCUUGCACAGGUUCUGCUCUUUCUGUCCUCCUCCAACUCCCUCCAUCCGCUCUGGGAGGCCGUCGCUAGUGCGGCCUUCAGCACCGGAGCCAUGGGCAACAGCUGCGUGUGCCGGGACGACAGCGACCUAGAGGACCACCAGCACGGGGCCAGCAGGGCGGCUCGAGGACCGGCCCGCCGCGUGGAUCACAGCACGGCGGUCGGGGUCGACGCCGCCGAGGCGAGAAGCAGCCGGCCCAGAGAUCCGGUCCGGCCGCCACGCAGAGGGCGGGGGCCCCACGAGCCCAGACGGAAGAAGCAGAACGUGGACGUCCUGGUGCUGGACACCUUGGCUGUCAUCAGAACUCUGGUAGACAAUGAUCAAGAACCUCCAUACUCCAUGAUAACUCUUCAUGAGAUGGCAGAGACCGACGAUGGUUGGCUGGAGGUGGUCCAGUCCUUGAUCCGAGUGAUCCCUCUGGAUGAUCCACUGGGUCCUGCAGUCAUCACUCUCUUACUGGACGAAUGUCCUCUCCCGACCAAGGACGCUCUCCAGAAGCUCUCUGACAUGCUGAGCCUGAGCUCGGCGGUGGCGAAGCAGCACGCUCUCAGCCCUGCUAAACACAGGAACACCACGGCGGUUCUGGGAUGUCUGGCAGAAAAGCUCGCUGGACCAGCCAGCAUCGGACUGCUGAGUCCUGGAACUCUGGAGUAUCUUCUGGAGAGUCUGAGCUCUGAGGCUCAUCCCACCGUCAUGCUGUUUGCUCUCAUCGCCCUGGAGAAGUUCUCCCAGACCAGUGAGAACAAACUGACGGUGUCGGAGUCUUCCAUCAGUGAUCGGCUCGCCGUCCUGGAGUCGUGGGCCGAUCACUCCGAUUACCUGAGGAGACAGGUCGGCUUUUGUUCCCAGUGGAGUCUGGACAAUCUGUUCCUGAAAGAUGGUCGCCGUUUCACGUAUGAAAAGGUCAACCUGACCAAUAUCAACGCCAUGCUCAACAGCAACGACGUCAGCGAGUACCUGAAGAUCUCCCCGACCGGGCUGGAGGCGCGGUGCGACGCCUCCUCCUUCGAGAGCGUGCGCUGCACGUUCUGCGUGGAUUCGGGUGUUUGGUACUACGAGGUGACGGUCAUCACGUCAGGAGUCAUGCAGAUCGGAUGGGCCACCAAGGACAGCAAGUUCCUGAACCAUGAGGGCUACGGGAUCGGCGACGAUGAAUACUCGUGUGCCUACGAUGGCUGCAGGCAGCUCAUCUGGUACAACGCUCGCAGUAAACCUCACGCCCACCCCUGCUGGAAGGAGGGAGACGCCAUCGGCUUCCUGUUGGACCUCAGUAAAAAGCAGAUGAUCUUUUAUCUGAACGGGAAUCCGCUGCCGCCAGAAAAGCAAGUCUUCUCAUCAGCCACGUCCGGUUUCUUCGCGGCGGCCAGCUUCAUGUCUUACCAGCAGUGUGAGUUUAACUUUGGAUCCAAACCGUUCCGUCACCCGCCCGCCGUAAAGUUCAGCACCUUCAACGACUUUGCCUCCUUACUGGCCAGUGAGAAGAUCAUCUUACCGAGACACCGCCGUCUGGCCUUACUGAAGCAAGUUAGCAUCCGGGAUAACUGCUGCACGCUGUGCUGCGACGUCAUGGCCGACACGGAGCUGCGGCCUUGUGGACACGGAGGGAUGUGUAUGGAGUGUGCCUUACAGUUAGAGACGUGCCCGCUGUGCCGCCAGGACAUCCAGACGCGCGUCCGACUCAUCGCCCACGUCUCCUGACACACCCCACGGCCGCCGUCUAACACGGAAACACACACCAAGUGCAUCACUUCCUGAGUCUCCUCUGAGUGUGCCAGAGCCGAACGUUCUGAGACCAGGAUGAGGAGGAGGCGGGGCUUAAGGAGGCAGCGGUGGCGCGAUGGAGAAAUGGAACUGCGAUCCCAAAAGGCUGCUCCUCUUUGCUUCAGUCUCCUCUUUUGUAUCCUGACGACUCGCAGACGCCAAGAAUCAACGACUUUUUACUAACCGAUUGUUUUCCAGCCGCCUGGAGAAAGACUUCUGAACCGCUGAGGCUCCGUCUAUUUAACCCCAUCGCCAUCCUGCAUGAGUCAGAUCUGCAGAGAGCCUGUCGUUCACAUACAAGGUACACUGCAGCGUCAUGUUCCGUCUCCGUCAUGGCAGCAUCUUCACUCUGUCUCCUGCAUCUUCUCAGCUGAACUGUCUGCUGGACGGCUGCUGCUCGAGUGUGUUAAAGGAAGACUCAAUCAUACGAUUUUGGCUGUUUAGAAAUGUAAAUUCUCUGAUUCAUUUGACUAAAUCCUCAAUCUUUAAUCAUCAUUUUACACAGUAGGAAUCCAGUGACAUAAACCGUCUAAAAACCCAUUUAAUCUUUUCCAUGUCUGUUAGAACUAAAAGAUCUUUUAUGCUUUCUGCUCAGAUGUUCUUUACAUAAACAUUAUCCAUUAUAAACAAAGUUUUAAUGAAUAAUAUGUAUGAAUAUCAUUUAAUGACCCACAAAAAAUGCAAAUUAACUUUCAAAUAUUGCAUUUUUGUGCUAAAUUUAGCCUCAAUGUGAGCAAACCUCCAAAAAGACGAAAAAUGUUUUGACUUUAAUUUGAGAUCAAACCGUGUGGAACACAGUUCUAGUCUCGUUAUUCUCCCAUCCCUUUACUUUAUAAAUGUCUGAUUUAGCGUUAAUCCAUCAGACAAUAACUCUUCAGCACAUAUAAAAGUUACAUUUUUCAGGGUUUAUGGGAUUGGCAGAGACUUCAUUAAAAUAGGAUUUCUGGUCUUUUUCCCGCCUUCUGUUUUGGUUCGUCUCUCUGUAACUCUGUUUACUUGAAGCAUCUGUAGGUUUACUGAACUCGGAAACGGGGGACAAAACAAACGUACGAAUGAUUGUUCUUCAGGAAAACUUCAUUAUGUUUCAGAUUUCUCAGUCCAAAUGAUUUUAAAAAGCAUCGAUGUUUAUGGAAGAGCCAAAUCGCAUGAAGAUAAUUUAUCAAAUCGCUCCCGUUUUAAUCCAAUGGUCUCUAAAGAUAAUAAUAAUAUGCAUCUGUUAGUACAACAAACACUGCUCGUCUUUGUUACUGUGUCUUCAAGCACCUUGCACAUGGAGGUAUGAGCUUAGUUGUCUUUGUGGUUCAAGAUGAAGUUCAGGAUUUCUUUAUAAGUUGUGAACUGUAUUUAAAAACUUCUAUGAGAAAAAAUGUGCCCCAUACCUCCCAAAGAUGUGAUUUAUCAAAGAUUGUUGUUUCCUGGUUUGUGAUAUUUGUAAUAAAUGUAUGUUAAUGUGA